CAAGCCACCGACUCUCUCCCCCCUUGAAAACCCGGUGAGAUCUUGAUGAAAUUCCUUCCUUUUCUGGUUCAAUCACAAGAUUUAGGACCUAGAAAUCCCUCCUAAACCCAAAAAUUCUAGCUCUGUUCUGCUCUUCCUUCCCCUGUCCGCGAGCUGCUAUUGCCGGUGGAGAGCUUCUCGGUUUUUCUGCUUCUCUGACCGCCAGACCCAGCUUUUGCUUGCCGGAAAAUUUUGGUAGGUUGCCGGCUCUUCCAAGUCCAAUUUAUCCAUGUAGUUGCUGCCUUGUGUUGAUUGGAUUUUCUGCUUAUGAAUUGCCCUUUUUGCUGUCCGAAAAUGGAAGAAAUUUAGGUGAAAUUGUGCUGGAAGGUGGAAUGAAUUUUGGUAGCUUUAAGUGGGUUUUUGUUUAAUUUAAGUGGAGGUUAGUUUGAUUUGUUGCUGUACGAAAUUUUUCUGUUUUACGAAUCACUGUUUACUGUCAUGAUUAUUGACGCCCGUCAGUGGGAGUUUGUAAACGCUGGCACAUGUCGACAUUGGGAGUUUGUUAAACACUGGUACUUCUGUAACCCUGCCAAUGGGGUUAAACAUUGGUUAUUAUUGACGCCUGCUAGUGGGAGUUUGUUAAACACUGGUACCAUUAUUGACGCUUGCCAGUGGGAGUUUGUUAAACACUGGUACUUCUGUAACCCUGCCAAUGGGGUUAAACAUUGGUUAUUACUGACGCCUGCCAAUGGGAGAAGCAAAACCGAGGACGGGGAAACCAAGGGGAGUGACGAGGUAGAACCGUAGAAGGCUAGCCAUUCUAACUGGAUAUAAGUCUUAGAUUUUAUUAUCUUUUUAUAAGGUAGAUUUUGUUCUGGAGAUUUUGUGAUUUGAAUAAGUUUCGAGCCUUGUGCACUUGUGGGACCCGUCUCAUGAGUGCACGGCAUCUGCCAUGUCUCCUGAUUUGGGUUCUAAGGCGUGACAGAUUGAGUGGUAUCAGAGCUUAGGUUUAAUUAAGAUUUUGUGAUGUCAAAGCCUAGGUUUAAGUAAAUACCUAGGAUUUGUUUUGGAUUUGGCUAGCCAAUGGAUUUUAGAAUCGUGGUGAGACGAGUGAUGGGGUUAUACAAGAGACGAUUCUGAUUUGUGUUGCCUGAAUUUUCUGAUUCACUUUGAUGAGAUAGUAAUUCAGUUAAUACCUAUUAUCUACCGAUAGUGAGAAGUUUUGAAAUUAAUCUUGCUCACUAUG